AUGGAAGAGAGUUGUGAAAUGAUGAACGUCUAUUAUUUUCAUCACCAGGCGGACGAAUUGUUGGGCACGGCCAGUGAACAAUUCUUGGGUAAAUCGGUGAAGGAGAUCAAACAGACCAUUCUACAGACACUCGAGGGACACUUGCGAGCUAUUCUAGAGGUCUCACUAUUGUUAGAGAAUGAGAGAAAUGAUAAUGACUUAACUUCAGGUAGAAUUUGUUACUCCGACGAGCCUUCAAGAAAGGAAUUCAAAGAAAAAGGAAUAUUCGAGAAUUGUAGUGGUUGGUUUUUAUUUCUUGAUAAUCACGAACCAACUUGA